AUGACGCCCAAGAUCAUUGGCAACGCCGCUCCUUGGAAGCAGGUCAGCGAUGCUCGCACCAGUGAGCUUAACGCCAUGCAGGAGAGCUUCUAUGAGACUGCCAUCAUUUGGGCUAGAGUGACAGGUGAGAAGACUUUGGACGACAGCAUUCAUGCUACCCCCAAAUCCCAGUUACAGGCCCAGAUGAGGUGGAAAGAGGCUUAUCAGUCCUACAUUUCCCCUCUAGCUUCCGAGUCUCGCACCGAGGUGAUUCAUCGCUCUGUUGUCUCUAGCAACAAGACCGAACCUCACGCUGCUUCUAUGCUCGCCACUGCCCGUUACUCCGAUGCAGCUGCAGCUGUCGACGCUGACACCACCGAGAACCCCGGACAUGAUGAAGAGCCUGGCAAGAUUGAUAAGACCAGCACCGAUGGCAACACUCAGGGAGAUGAGGGCUUCCGCCCUCCCGCGUCUGCCAAGGUCUUCAUGAGUUCUUUUCGAGCCUUGCGACUGGCCAAUGCCGCCGUUGCUGCUGCCGCCGCUGCCGAGCCUAGUCCCCCUCGCCGCUUGCUUUUCAAGAACCUUCCCAAGUGGGUGACAGUAUCCCACGUUCUGCACCUAGUCUACGGUGGUGUUAUCGAGCGGGCCUGGAGUGAGACCUCUGGCGAGGUCAAUGUGCAGUUUACCGAUGCCGAUGACUGCAACAGAUAUCUCGAAAUGCAUCCCGAGAGUAUCCCCCUCAAAGUCGGCGACGAUGUGAUCAACAUUUCCAUUGAGCUGAUGGACAAUGACAACGAACAUCCCGAGCUUGCACGCCGCCUUAGGGCCGAUGCUUCUCGCGUCGUGUGCCUUUCUGGUCUGCCAACCUCGCUGAUGGGCAAGAACGACGAGAACAUUCUGGGUAUUGCUUCUCAGCCCAACUGGGAGAGCAAGGCGCUUGAGCAGGUUCUGAUCACGAAUGGCGAAGAAGGAAUUCUCGAUAUCCAUGUCUCUUUCUUCAGCCUGCACGACGGCUGGGACUUUUACCAAGGCAUCAAGGAAGGCACUUACGAUUGCAUUUCCAAGUUUGAGGCUGACCCUUGUGCCCUGGCGCAAGAGUUUCACUUCUUCGAUGUGAGAAACCCGAUGUUCAGAGCACUCGCCGCCGUCAUGUCUGAGUAG